AUGGAAGAAAACCAGAUAACCCUGGACAACCUUGAGAAGGGCGCGGAUAACCCAGCAUUCAGCUCCGUGGGGGAGGAGCGACUCUAUCAGGAAUGUGAUGGUCCAUGUGGUGAGAGCAAAGAGGAGAAGAGAGGAGAAGGGCAAGGGAGAUUCUCCUCCUACUGCAGGAAGGCCCUGCAGCCGGCAUCCAAGGCAAAGCGCUUCUGCAAGGCUCAUGUCAAGGUGUUGAGAAGGGUCCUCCUAGGGCUCCUUGGAGUAGCCUACCUGUGCUACUUUAUUGCGGCCUGUUGGCUCAACUUCCAGCGAGCCCUUGCCUUGGUUGUCAUGACUGCUGUGGUUGUCUUCUUCAUCUGCUGGAGCCUCUUCAAGAAGCACUGUGGGGCAAAGGUAUUGCUGCUCCUCAGCCCCAUUUGGAAAGGCUUCCAAAAGCUCUGGCCGUGGCUGAAAUGGCUGCUGGUGGUGGGCCACCUGGUAGGCCUGAUCACGUGGCUGGCUUUGGACAACUCCAGAAAUCCAGAGCAGCUCAUCUCAUUAGCUGGCUUCUGCUUUUUGGUGCUGUUCCUGUUUGCCUGCUCCAAGCACCACGGCGCAGUGCCCUGGAGAGCAGUUUCCUGGGGUAUUGGCUUGGAGUUCUUAUUUGGACUCUUCGUCCUCCGAACAACCCCCGGCGUCCAAGCUUUCCAGUGGCUGGGUGACCAGAUCCAGUUAUUCCUGGGCUACACCACAGCUGGCUCCAGCUUCGUCUUUGGGCAAAAGCUCACUGAAGAAGUCUUUGCCUUUCAGACGCUGCCCAUUGUUGUUUUCUUCAGUUGUGUGAUGUCCAUCCUCUACUACCUCGGUGUCAUGCAGUGGCUUAUUGUCAAGAUCUCCUGGCUGCUUCAGGUCUCGAUGGGCACCACUCCCACUGAGACCCUGAGUGUGGCAGGGAACAUUUUUGUGGGACAGACCGAAGCCCCGCUGCUCAUCCGCCCGUACCUUGCAGACAUGACCCGUUCAGAAAUCCACGCUGUGAUGACUGGUGGCUUUUCCACCAUUGCAGGCAGUGUGAUGGGUGCCUACAUAUCCUUUGGGAUAGAUGCAGCAUCACUGAUCGCAGCCUCCGUGAUGGCUGCGCCCUGUGCCCUCGCCAUGUCCAAACUCAUCUACCCUGAAGUGGAAGAGUCCAAGUUCAAGGGCAAAGCGAGCGUCCGCCUCUCCAGGGGGGAAGAGCAGAACAUCCUGGAAGCUGCAAGCAACGGGGCUGCCGCCUCCGUGGGGCUCGUGGCCAACAUAGCGGCCAACCUCAUUGCCUUCUUGGCGGUGCUGGAGUUCAUCAAUUCUGCCCUUCGCUGGUUCGGAGAGAUGGUAGACAUCAAGGGCCUGUCCUUCCAGGUGAUCUGCUCCUACGUCCUCAUGCCUGUGGCCUUUCUUAUGGGAGCUGACUGGGCAGACUCACCGCUGGUGGCCGAGCUUUUGGGCAUCAAGAUCUUCCUGAACGAGUUUGUGGCGUACCAGCAGCUGGCCACGUACAAGAAGAACCGUCUGUCAGGCCUGGAGGAGUGGGAUGGGAGCCGGAAGCAGUGGAUAUCUGAACGAGCUGAGAGCAUCGCCACCUUUGCACUCUGCGGAUUCGCCAACCUCAGUUCCAUCGGGAUCAUGCUGGGAGGCCUAGCCUCCAUGGUACCCCAGCGCAAGGGCGACUUGGCCUCCGUCGUGCUGCGAGCCCUGCUCACUGGCAUCUGCGUCUCCAUGCUCAACGCCUGCCUGGCAGGUCUCCUUCACGUGCCAACGGAGGUGGGCAACUGCGUGACCUUCCUCGGCACCGCCAACUUCAGCUCUACCAGCUACACGAUGUAUGUGUGCUGCAAGCAGCUCUUUGCCAGCUCGGUGCUCGAGAACGGGACGCUCUCCUUCACGGGAGACUGGGCCGGCCUGGCGGAAAGCAUGGUGUGCCUGACGCAGUGCUGCGGGCACUACAACCACACGUCCUGCGCGGGGACAACCUAGAAAUGUGCAGGCAGCUGCCCGCGCUGGGGGCGAGGGCCUGUGAGCACCAGGGUCUGCAAGGCCUGGCCCCAAAGGUGGAAAAAACCCCGCAGAGACCUGUGUGUUUUGUCUCCUCUGCUCCAGUGAUGAUGGACAGCCAUGUGCACCUUGCAACCAGUACCCUUAGGUGCUGGGCCCGUGGACACAAGGGAACUGCUCCCAAAUAAAUCAUGGAAAUCCCUGUGUGCUUGCCCUCAGCCCCUCUCUGGCCCCUGACCGCAGCUGUCCCACAAGGCAUGAGAUGCUUUGCUUAGGCUGCACCCCGCAACCGCAGCUGCCGUAGCUGGCAUUUGCUACAGACCUCGCAAGCCGAACCUCUGCCAGGUGCCAGCUUUAGGGUCUGGCCCCGGCCACCCUCUUCUCCCCCACGGGGUGCGGAUGGGGGUAAAGCCAUUACUUGAAGACGUUUCCUUCCCCUGAACACAAAGCCGCCCCGUCCUGCUGUGCUUGAGUGCAUCUUUUCCGCAGGGACCACAGCGCUGGGGAACAGGCCAGUCCUUCUCGUUUUAUUGCACUCGAGAGCACCCAUUCGCCAACGCCGGCCACGUUAUGUACAUCGUUAUUUUACAAUGACCCAACAACAAAACACCAGGGCCCCAGAGCAUGCCACACUCCCAGCCCAGUCCCUUCCCUCGUCCGCCAGGCUGCACCAAGCCACCGUUUCGGACACCACCAUGCGGGGUGGCAUUGCUGGCGCCCAGCACCCUCCUCCAAAGCCCUAGGGAAGGUGAUGCUCUGCGGCAAGUUGAAGCAGGCAGCGCUGGGGCUCUUUGCAAGCCUUGCUGCCCACUGCCACGCUCUGCCGGCUGCUGCAUGCCUGACCAAGCUGACGGGCACAGGGGAGGUUUGACGCAACGUAGGGUGCUUUACUUUCCAGCAUGAGCAUCGCUGCCUGUGGGUCCCUGCCGCCCGCCGCAGGGCAGCGGGAUCUGGAGAGGGUGCCGCUAGCUGCCACUGGGGUACGGCAUGUGCCAAGGGGUGAUGCUAAGCAAGCAUGACCAGGUUGUGCUAUGGGGCUGGGCAGGGCGUACAGGGUCUGUGUAUGGCAGGUGGGCAAGGAGGAGUGAGUCCUGUGGGCUGGACACCCACAUGUGCCAAAGCAGCGCCUGGCAUGGAGGGGCAGUGUCCCCUUCGCCCCGCUCCCGGGUGUCCCAUGUGAGGUAGAGCAUCCUUACCAUGGCACUGGCCAGCACCCAUAGCAGCACUGCCGCCCUCAGCAUCCGCCCAGCAAGGGGGUGGGAGGCUCACCCCGGGGUGCAGGGGAGGCUGGGAGGGCAGGGGUGCAAAAUCCCAUCCCCAUGCAGCUGCCGGUACUGACGCCAGCCCCCCCCCCAUGGGACCAGCCUGCACCCCAGAGCCCCACACAAUAGCAGCAGGAGCCCUGCAGCUCACCGCUAAACCCCUCUGCAGCAAAACCUUUUAAAUCACAGUGUGCCAGGGCAAAUGAGACGGCCUGGGUGCUGUUGAAGUUCACAUCCUUGACACAGAGCGCUGGUGGGGCUUGGCGCGGUCGCUUUAUGGAGGACACAAAGAGGGACAUGAGGUGCUGGAAGCCAGGAGGGCAGCCUGGACUCCCAGUUUUCUCGGGGGAGCCAGGCAGGGGGCAUGGCCCCUGCAAAGCCCGAGGGAGCAGGUCUGACAGCCCCUGCCUUAAAGAAGGCAAACGGAGAGAGUCAAGAGAGGAAAGCGAGCCUGAGCAUGGAGGGGCACGUGGCCCCUCAGGUUCCACCACUGGCAGCAGCUCUUGUAAAGAGGUAUUGGUGAGGGGGUCUGCGCUGCCCCCGGCUCACAGCCCCACCAUGCCCCCAGCCGAGCCGCUCACACUAGCACACACCACACAAUGCAAGAGCCGCGAGCCGGAACGGGAGCCAAAGGGAGGAGAG